UUCCUGAAAACGAGAUAACUGAAGCUCAGCGAUUAACUGGAUUAAACAGUAAUUAACCUGUCAAAACUUUCUGCAGUAACUUUCCCCACUUCACCCUCUGUGUGGGAACUCUAAAGGCACAGUAAAUCAAUCGACUGGUCAAUGUACUAGAGAGGUCCCUUCUUGACAGAAGGUGUAUGCAAUUGGUUAACAAAAGCCUUGGUUUGAUAGGCGGGGGGUUGUAUUGGGGAUCAUCAACCUUUGCUCAGUGACACACGCAACUUGCUGAGAGAGAAAGAGUGAGCAAGCACGAGAAGGAGAGAGAGAGAGAGAAUUGCCUGUUGAUAACGUGAAAGGUUUCAAGAGCAGCUGUGGGAUUUCAAGUGGAAUACUGCAUACCUAAAAGAGGACAUCAGUUGAGCAACUGCUUACUGCUAUCGGUGAUGAUACCAACACCAUACAGAGUAACAUUUGAUAACCACCUGCAAUGGAGAUGGGCACAAAAUAGAGUAAUCUAACAAGGACGCAACUGAGAGGAAAAGCUUUUUUUCAAAAUGAAGCUUAGUAACACACAGUUUAUCACCAGAGGCCUGAUUGCGUUCGUGAUCACCUCGGGAAUAAUUGCCUUGAUCCUGAGUCUGGUCGGAAUUCAAGAGGUGCAGCUCCCUCCUGGAAGAAAGUAUGGAAUGGUGUUUGACGCAGGAUCAACACACACCUCGAUAUUUCUUUACCACUGGCCGGCAGAUGAACAGAACGGAACUGGAAUUGUCAGUCAACUACACCACUGUGAAGUAAACGGUCCUGGCAUUUCGGGUUAUGCCGAGAAUCCACCAAAGGCUGGAGAGUCGCUGAGACCCUGCUUGGACAAUGUCUCAUCUUACAUUCCAGUCGAGAGUCAGAAGGAAACGAUUAUAUAUUUGGGAGCAACAGCUGGCAUGCGUUUACUCAAGAUUCAGAAUGAGACAAAAUCUGACAUGAUUCUUGAAGAAGUUUCGAAAACAAUCAAAUCCUAUCCGUUUAAAUUCCAAGGAGCCAGGAUCAUAUCUGGGAUGGAAGAGGGAGCAUAUGGAUGGACAACUAUCAACUAUCUCCUGAACUCAUUUAUCAAGUAUUCUUUUGAUGGUAAAUGGACACACCCGGAGUCUGCUAACAUCCACGGAGCCCUGGACCUGGGGGGAGCUUCCACUCAAAUAACCUUCACUCCAAAAGAAUCCAUUGAAGACAAGACCACAGACGUCAGAUUUAAACUUUACGGCUACAACUACAUCAUCUACACCCAUAGCUACCUCUGCUACGGCCAGCAGCAUUUCAAGAAGAAGCACAUUGCAAUGCAGCUGCAGGGGAAGAACUUGACAGAUCUCAUUGAGAUCCCCUGUUACCUGAAGGGAUUCAAGUCCAACAUGACUCUGGAUUCCAUCUUUGACAGUCCUUGUACUUCAGAUCAGAAACCCUUACCUUAUGACGGAACCCAAAUUAUAGCUCUCGUUGGAACAGGAAAACCAGGAGAGUGUCGCGAAGCAGUGAAAACGCUCUUCAACUUUACUGCAUGUGGGGGAAGCCAGACGUGUGCGUUUGAUGGAGUCUAUCAGCCGCCAAUAAACGGGCCAUUCUUUGCCUUCUCUGCAUUUUUUUACACCUUCGAUUUUUUUAAUUUAACCUCAGGAAACCCUUCGCUGAGCACUGUAAAUAAAACCAUCAAAGAAUUCUGCUCUCGAGAGUGGCAAGAGGUCAAGGCAAGCUACCCAAAGCAAAAGGUUAAAUAUCUGCAGAAUUACUGUCUCUCUGCAACCCAAAUCUAUACCUUGCUGGUUGAUGCCUAUAAUUUUGACUCCAGGACAUGGAACAAUAUCAUCUUUCAACAGAAGGCUGAUAACACUGAAAUCGGCUGGACCCUGGGCUACAUGCUGAACCUCACCAACAUCAUCCCAUCAGAAAUUGCAACGAUAUUAAGUGGUCAGCCGAAGCCACUGUGGUCCGCCUCAGUGUUCUUCAUUGGGUUAACAGUGGCUAUGGCCUUGGCCAUGGCAGGUCUGCUGCUCUUGCGCCGUGGCAAGUCAGCAGUCUGAGGUAAAGGCCAAAGCCAAGGCUUCCACUCACAAACACCAGCAUUUUUUACAUGUUGUUUUCCUACUUUUAUGAAUAUUUUCUGUUGCUAUCUUCCCGCCUGUGGGUAUAACAAGCGUAAUUGUUGGCAUUCACUCGACGCCGUCCGUAACUGCUCAUUGUUUGUGAAUUGCCAUCUGUGUUGGCUUGAACCUGCUCGUUAUAGAAUCUUAAUUUGUGAUGUUUUUGAAGAAAUAUUGGCGGGUGGGGUGGGGGGACAAGGUUGGAGGAUAUGAAAUGAUUAUCAUGAUGAACAC